AUGCUCAUCCCUACUACCCAAACCCGAUUAGAGGUAAACCGCGCCCUCGAAAUCCAAGGUUUGAAGCGCACUGGAGAUGAGAAGAAUCUCGUGGGUUGGGCUGCCAUGAACCCGCGUCAUCCGCAGAAUUGGAGCAGUUCAAGGAAGGCAUAUGAUGUUACAAUUAUCAUCUUCUUAGAAUUCUAUACGACUGCAGUCAGCACAUCAGGGGCUACAGCUGCUAGAAAUGCACAGGAGCGCUUCGGAAUUGACGAGACGCUGUCCGUGUUCCUAUACAUAUCGACAUAUCUUCUCGCGCAAGGUAUUGGUAGCAUAGUAUUGCCUCCUUACUCUGAAUGCUACGGUCGAAAAAACCUGUAUGUGGGCAGCACUGCAGUGUACAGUAUAUUCUGCGCGCUUAUUUCGGUGUCGGAGUUGCCUGCUGCAGGAGCUAUAGGGCGGCUCAUCACAGGAUUUUUGUCUGCGGUCCCCAGCGCGGUUAUCAAUGGCAGCAUGCAGGAUAUGUUUGACACGAGGGAGCUUAUAUGGAUUACGCUGCCGUACAUGGCUAUGGCAAAUUUGGGUAUCGCAAUGGGACCGGUGAUGAGCGCAUAUAUCACGGCUGCUUGGGGGUGGCAAUGGGUUUUCUACGUGGCUGCCAUAGUCACCGGAAUUUUAGCCAUCUUGCUGCUCACGAUUCGUGAAUCCCGCCCAACAGUUCUGCUAACACAGGAAGUUCGACACCUGCGUCGCAUCACUGGUGAUCAUUCACUCCAAGCACUGAACCCAGACCGAGUCCCAGACAUCCGGUCGUUCGCACGAAAUUUCGCCUUCCGACCAGCCCAGCUCCUCUUUACCGAGCCCAUCAUCGCAGCAGUCUCAAUCGUGUGCGGCAUCUCCACUGGACUUAUCUACCUGUUCACAGACAUCCUGCCCGGGGUUUAUAAAUCGUUCGGUCUCACAUCCACGCAAGCCAGUCUCCCCUUCCUGGCCCUCGGCUUCGGGUUCCUUCCCAACAUCGGUACCCGCUUCCUAGAGUACCGCAAAACAGCACGCCGGCGCCAGCGUGGCGAACCCGUUAUCCCCGAGCACAAACUAACCGGGUAUAUUAUUGCUGCACCAGUGCUUAUGAUCGCAUUAUGGUGGUUCGCGUGGACGAUCCCACCCGCCGUGCAUGUGCAUUACUUCGCAUCCGUGGUGCCGUUAUUCCUGACCGGGUUCGCGAUCAACGAGUUCGGCAUUGUGCUGGUGGGGUACAUGUCGGACAGCUAUCGGUCGUACUCGGCUAGUGGGUUUGCGGCGCUAGGUCUGGUACGCUGUGUGUUGGCCGCUUCGUUUCCGUUGUUUUCUGGGCGGAUGUUUAGUGAGCUGGGACCGAAUGGAGCGAUGUGUGUUCUGGCUGGUUUGGCCACUGGGUUUUGUAUCUUGUCGCCUGUACUGAGGAUAUAUGGGGAACGUCUGAGGAAGGCGAGCAAAUUUGCUGCGCACUGCGUGGAUGUUGAUGCGGAGAAUACAUUCGAGCGGACAUGA